UUGGUGGGCUGUGAUGAAAGUUAAAGGUAGACCCAUUGUUGAAGUAUCUCAAACGUCUUCAAAGACGUAUGAACCUUUUCAAGAAGAUGACAUAGAUUAUGCUGAAGUAAAUAUCGAUGAUAUUAAUCAACAACACUGCCUGAAUGAUCCUAGCGGAGGAAUGACUGAGAUUCAUGAUGACGUUUCGACAGAGGAAGACGAAUUCCUUAGUGACCCUGAUUCUGAUGCAGAUGCAGAUGGUGAUAAUGAGUACAAUUCAUAUGAAUCAGACUAAAUUCAUCUAUAUACUAAAGAAGUUUGGAGUUGUAUAUUUCAUUUAUUACUCAAUGAGGGGACGUGGAAGGGUUAACAAGCCCAGAGGACCGGUUCAACUUCCUGCUAGUGCAAGUCAAGAGGACGCGAAUACAGAUGACGGACAAGAGCAUGAGCCGCAUUUACCACGGGCACCGACGGGACUUGGGGAUACGGAACUUCAGAUAUGGGUACCACUUGCAUCCGGUGUACAGCUAUCUCACAGAGAUCGAUCAUAUACACCAGUUCCACCAUGUGUCAAUGCACAGCUUCCCCGUCCCCUUCCACCUCCUCACCGUCACAGUUUACAUCCUCACCACCCUACUGCAGCUCCACGACCAGCGGUAUCACAUACACAUUCACCUCAUCCUGCAUCCCCUUCUGGUAUUGCAUCAGCUAGAGGGACAGGAUCUGCAUCAGCAUCUACUCCAUCAUCUGCUCCUGCAUCUGCUCCAGCAUCAGCUGCAUCGACCACUGCUGUAGGCGAAACACAGUCAUUCCGACAGACUAUUUCACUCAUUAACAACAAUUUGCAUCCGUCGGAGAUGUGCAGCCGCAUGAUAACUCUGAUAGUGAAAGAAAGAUUGGUCGAGGAAGGCCACUGUUGGAAGACUGUGCCCAAUGAAACUAAGGAGUUUUAUUGGCAGGAAUUCAAGGUGAAGCAUAAUUAUUUUAGCAGUUUGUCAUAUAUUUAUGAACUGUUUAAUUACUAUCUACUCAUAAAAUGUAAUCUUUUUGCAGAAAUACUUCAUAUGGGACCAAGCAAUUGACAGCUUGGUAAAAAUUGCCUAGCAGAAAAAGGCAGCUGAGCGAUACAGGGGCUUAAUGUGGGAAAUCAGGAAAGAAAAGGCGAAGAAUCUUGCAACCCCUGAUUCUGUUUUGAGGAAGUGGCAGGAAACUUGGAACACUUAUGAAUACAAAGAGAAGUGUGAGAAGUUUUCUGCCAAUAGGCGCAGUGAGGCUGGAGGGUCAGGAUCUGGCAUUUCCAGGCAUGCAUGCGGUUCUGUUUCACAGUACACCCACCA